AAUCAUACAUGAAUUAUCUUUUUGUAUUUUCAAACACAGUAUUUUAUGUGAUGUUACAAAUAUGGUUACUUUGGUCCUAGUGAAUUGAAAUACACCUGGUUAUGAAUUUGAACUGUUUUUAACAUAAGGGUCUUCUUGAACUGAAUCUUCAUGUUUUCAGCAUCUGGUAAUGAUCAUCUAUCAUAGCAGCUUCAUCUUCAGAAGUAGUGACAGAAAGCAAAGGGAAAAGCGUCAUGCCUCCUCUCAACACCUCUCGUCCCUCUCCUAUCACCUUCUUGCUGAUGGGCAUCCCAGGACUAGAGCACCUGCAUGUCUGGAUUGGGAUUCCCUUCUGCUCCAUGUAUGUGGUGGCUGUGGUGGGGAAUGUGACCAUCCUGGCUGUGGUGAAGGCAGAGCGGAGUCUCCAUGAGCCUAUGUUCUUCUUUUUGUGCAUGCUCUCCAUCACUGACCUGGUCCUCUCCACAUCUACACUGCCCCGCAUGCUUUGUCUUUUCUGGCUUGGAGCCCAUGACAUUGCAUUUGAUGCUUGCCUGACCCAAAUGUUCUUCAUCCAUAGCUUUACCACCAUGGAAUCAGGUUUUUUCCUGGCCAUGGCCAUUGACCGUUACGUGGCCAUUUGUCAUCCACUGCACCACACAACCAUUCUCACCCAUGCACGCAUCACCAUAAUGGGUAUUAUUGUGGUGAUUCGGGGCGUAGCCUUCUUUUCUCCACAUCCCAUCCUGCUCAGGCAGCUGCCCUACUGCAGAACACGAACCAUUGCCCACACCUACUGUGAGUUCAUGGCUGUGGUGAAGCUGGCAUGUGUGGACACAGGAGCCACCACACGUUAUAGCCUCAGUGUGGCUUCUAUCAUUGGCUCAUGUGAUGCCAUUCUCACUGCUGUAUCCUAUGCCUUCAUCCUGCGCUCUGUAUUCCGCCUGCCAUCCCGAGAAGCUAGCUUUAAGGCUCUGGGCACAUGUGGAUCACAUGUCUGUGUUAUUCUUGUCUUCUAUUCCACAGCCGGUUUUUCCAUUUUCACUCACCGUUUUGGGAAAAAUGUGCCUGCACAUGUCCAUAUAUUUAUUGCAAAUAUGUACCUUUUGGUGCCCCCUUUUCUCAACCCCAUUGUGUAUGGAGUAAGGACCAAGAAAAUACAGGAGCAUGUUCUUAGAGCACUAAAGGUAAAAGUUGUCUGAUUUUAGUUUGAUCAAUAGAAGAGAUGGCUCAAGAUAUAUAGAAAUACCUAGAAAUCAUCUCUAUGUAGAAAUAUAUAGAGAUGAUGUAGGGAAAAUAAUUAACUGUUCUUAUUCCCACAGGCUGAAUUGCAUUUACCACCUGAAAGUUGUUAUUUAUCAUAUGUCUAGAAUUUCUAAGAAUAUUAACUCAGCAAAUUAUUUUACCUUUUUUAUUUAAUAAAUAUUGGUGAUGAAUUUGUUCAUCUCAUUCUGAAUAUGUACCUUUCAGAGGGAGUUAUAAUACAGAAUGAACAGUAGGUAGAAGGAGAAACAAACCUAUGAAGAUACUUAGGAAAAAAAAAAGGAAGAGGUCUCUGAGAUCUAUAUGCUGAAUUUUAUAGAGUAGUAAGCGAAAUAAUAUUGAGGCAUAUA